UCUUUGCUAUCCUCUCCUCUCCCGGCUCCCAGCUCUGGGGGCUUCGCCUUAUUUGCCGCGCUGGUUGCAUUUCGACUAGAGGAAGGACACGGAGCUGAGCUCCGACCCCGGAGCAGCUCCAGGAUGACCGGGGCUCGUGGCGCCUGGCAUCUUCUCUGUCUUCUGAUCUCGCUAAGCUUCCAGACAGGUUAUCUUCAACCUACUAGCAGUCCAGCUAAUUAUUCUCUACCAUCAAUCCUUCCAGCUGUAUCACAGUUAACAGUGAAUUCUGGAAGUGAGAUUAAGUUGUCCUGUAUUGAUGAUCUUCAUCCAGUCAAGUGGACUUUUGAGAAUCCCCUCCAUUUUGAAUCCAGCAAAACUACAAAAACAUGGCUUACGAGCAGUGCCAAGGCUCACGAUACAGGCAGAUAUACGUGUACCAAUGAAGAAGGCUUGAGCAGUUCCAUUUAUGUAUUCGUGAAAGAUCCAAAAACUCUCUUCCUUUUGGACCCACUUCUCUAUGGGAAAGAAGGCAGUGAUGCUUUAGUCAACUGUGCCGUUACAGACCCAGAGGUAUCCAAUUUUACCUUGAAAUUAUGUGACAGAAAGCCACUCCCCAAGGACCUGGUGCUUGUUCCCGACGUCCAGAAAGGCAUCACCAUCAAAAAUGUGAAGAGAAGUCACAACAAGGUUUGUUUCCAGUGCUCUGCCUACCAAGAUGGAAGACUGAAGCUCUCCGACAGGGUGACCCUAAAAGUGAGGCCAGCCCCACAGAGUGUGCCAGAAGUCAGCUUGCUCAAAACGAACUACCUUCUCAGGGAGGGGGAGACGUUUGAGGUCAUAUGCACGAUUAAAGAUGUGGCAAGCUCAGUGGUGUCCAUGUGGAUAACAGACAAUGAUAGGAUUAACAUACAUACUCAAAGCUGGCAUUCUGGUGAUUAUGCCUAUGAACGUCAACAUGAAUUGAAAAUCAGUUCAGUGAGAGUUAAUGAUUCUGGAGUCUUCAUGUGUUUUGCCAAUAAUACUUUUGGACCGGCAAAUGUCACAGUCACCUUAAAAGUAGUAGAAAAAGGAUUCAUUAACAUUUUUCCCAUGAUGAAUACCACAAUAUUCAUAAAUGAUGGAGAAAACAUAGACUUAGUGGUUGAAUAUGAAGCAUUUCCCAAACCCAAACAGCUUCAGUGGAUAUAUACGGAUGAAACACUAACUGACAAAUGGGAUGAUUAUGCCAAGCCAGGAAACCAGAGCACUAUCAGGUAUAUAAGUGUACUUCACCUUAACAGAUUAAAGGGAACUGAAGGAGGACCUUAUAUCUUUUCAGUGUCUAAUUCGGAUGUCAGUGCCUCUGUAACAUUUAAUGUUUAUGUAAAGACAAAGCCCGAGAUUCUUACAUCUGACAGACUCAUGAAUGGUCUGCUCCAAUGUGUGGCAGCAGGGUUUCCUGAACCUACAAUAGAUUGGUAUUUUUGUCCAGGAACUGAGCAGAGGUGUUCAACAUCUGUUCUGCCAAUGGAUGUGAAGAUAAAUUCAUCCAUGCUGCCACCCUUUGGAAAAAUAGUGGUUGAAAGCACCAUUGAUUCCAGUGCAUUUAAAAACAAUGGCACUGUUGAGUGUAAGGCUUCCAAUGAUGUUGGCAAGAGUUCAGCCUUUUUUAACUUUGCUAUUAAAGGUAACAUUAAAGAACAAAUCACCUCGCACACACUGUUCACACCUUUACUGAUUGGCUUUGUGGUAGCAGCGAUACUGAUGUGCUUCAUCGUAGUAUUUCUAGCCUACAAGUAUUUCCAGAAACCCAUGUACGAAGUUCAGUGGAAAGUCGUGGAAGAGAUAAAUGGAAACAACUAUGUUUACAUAGACCCAACACAACUUCCUUAUGAUCAUAAAUGGGAGUUUCCCAGAAACAGGCUGAGUUUUGGGAAAACACUUGGUGCAGGAGCUUUUGGGAAAGUGGUUGAGGCUACUGCCUAUGGCUUGUUUAAAUCGGACGCUGCAAUGACUGUUGCUGUGAAGAUGCUGAAACCAAGUGCCCAUUUAACUGAACGGGAAGCUCUAAUGUCUGAACUGAAGGUCCUGAGUUACCUCGGUAACCACAUGAAUAUAGUGAAUCUUCUUGGAGCAUGCACUAUUGGAGGACCCACAUUGGUCAUUACAGAAUAUUGUUGCUAUGGCGAUCUUUUGAAUUUUUUGAGAAGAAAACGUGAUUCCUUUAUUUGCUCAAAGCAUGAAGAUCAUGCAGAAACAGCGCUUUAUAAGAACCUUCUUCAGUCAAAGGAGCCUUCGUGUGAUGGUGCUAAUGAAUACAUGGACAUGAAACCAGGCGUUUCUUACGUCGUCCCAACGAAAGCUGACAAAAGGAGAUCCGCAAGAAUAGGUUCAUACAUAGAGAGAGAUGUGACAACCGCCAUCAUGGAAGAUGAUGAACUGGCUUUGGACAUUGAAGAUCUAUUGAGCUUUUCUUACCAGGUUGCAAAGGGCAUGAGUUUCCUAGCUUCUAAGAACUGUAUUCAUCGAGAUUUGGCAGCCAGAAACAUUUUACUUACCCAUGGUCGAAUAACAAAAAUCUGUGAUUUUGGCCUGGCCAGAGACAUCAAGAAUGAUUCUAAUUAUGUGGUCAAAGGAAAUGCCCGACUACCUGUGAAAUGGAUGGCACCUGAAAGUAUUUUCAACUGCGUUUACACCUUUGAAAGUGAUGUCUGGUCCUAUGGAAUAUUUCUUUGGGAGCUGUUCUCUCUAGGAAGUAGUCCGUACCCUGGAAUGCCUGUCGAUUCCAAGUUCUACAAGAUGAUUAAGGAAGGUUUCCGAAUGCUCAGUCCCGAAUGUUCACCUCCUGAAAUGUACGACAUCAUGAAGAGCUGCUGGAAUUCGGAUCCUGUGCAGAGACCCACCUUCAAGCAGAUUGUGCAACUCAUUGAGCAGCAGCUCUUGGACAGUACUAACCAUGUUUACUCCAACAUUACAACCAGCAGCCCCAACCAGGAGAGUCCGGUUGACCACUCUGUGAGAAUUAAUUCCGUAGGUAGCAGCACUUCAUCCACUCAGCCCCUGCUUGUCCAUGAAGAUGCCUGAAGUAGGACGUGUUGGGCCCAAAGGAGAAUGGGCCGGUUCUUUUGGUUUCCAUGACUUUUCUUUUGUUCAUCUACUUGCUGGCCACUCUAGCACAAUGGGAGCGUUGCUGUAAUUCUGUCCUUUGUGAAUACACUGUCAUAGCCUGAAUGAACUCACCACAGAUGCAGCCAUCAUCACAAUGUAAGGGCAGAAGUUGUACAUAUUCUCAGUAGGGAGCUAGCUUGGGAAAACCCAUGUAGGGCCUGAUUUAAAGGAGAGGGGGAUUGAAGGCAAUCCCCUUUUAGGUCUGACUUGUGAAGAGAGGUUGCUAUUUCAUUAUUUUUUCCUUUGUCAGAUAAUAAAUAGAAGUAGUCAAUCACUUUUGGCCUUUUUUAGUCACACUUGCAGGUGGGGUACAAGAGCAGAGGCCCUGGUUGGGAGCACCCUUUUUUUUCUGCCCCAUGAGACAUCAUAGCCAAGCAUUUCUGUGUAAAAUGUCAGGUUAUAAGAAAAGGAGUCAGGGAAGGAGGGAAGGCAUACUAUGCUAAAGUAAUUCUCCAAAACACCCACUUGCUUACAUGAAAACCAGAUUUUUCAUGUUGAGGAGGUUCAUGAGCCCUGGGAAAAAGCAUCAUGUUUCCCAUGUGGAAUGUGAAGGAAGGCAUUCCAACCACUGCAUAAGGUUUCCCUCCUGUAUUCGGGGCCUGUUUUAAUAGUGGCAGCUUAGCCAAGGGGAUAGACAAGAUGGAUCAGCAGUGUGCUAGCACUUAUAGGGGACCCUAAAGAAAUUGCUCAUGUAUAUUAGGGGAAGAACUUCACACGUUUCCUUCAUGCACAACCCUGGAGCCUCCCCAGGGAAUGGGGCUCUCUGUUAGGAGUAGAAGCCACCCAAGAAGUUAGUUGUCAUCUUUUUUUGUCUUUUAUAAAGAAAGAAAGCACAGUCCUAGGCGUCUCUUUUUAAACCUGUUGACUUGCUGUACAGAUUUCCCAUAAAGAGCCUGCGAAUCCUAGAACAGCUUUGUAGCUGAUGCUUUGGAUGCCAUUUGCAAUAUCUCCCUACCUAUCUAUUGCAUGAUGUCUGCAGGCAUGAGAAAGCGAGCUAUUUCAUAAAGAUCCUUAAUAUAGCAGGAAAACAAAUUUAGAUUCAGCCUCAUUUAUAGGCAUGCCCUGGACCUCAGGCCAGUAUAUAUUAUAUAUAAAGAUGUAUGUAUGUGCGUGUAUGUAUGUAUAGAUAAUCUAUUUUGAGGAUACCCUAGCCCUGAGUCCAAGAGCGUACUCAGGUGCCCACAAAGCAGCCUUUGCUUCCCUCCAAAGUACUGCCUUUGCUUCUCUUGCUUCAUCCGUUCACAAUAGAUUCCCCAAAGCACGGAGAGAAGAGAAUCUAUAACAUACCUAUUUACAACCAACUUGCACUUGAGGCACUGUUAUUUAUCUACUCAACACACUAUAUCAGUGUCUGAGGCCCCUUUUCUGCUCUGGGUCCCCCAGAACUGGUAAAGAAUGGUAUUUAAAUUUUACUUUUUGGUCUCUAGCACAGGUAAUGAAUGGAUUUUGCUAUAGUACCCAUUUCUAUAAAUGCCACAGAUACCCAGAUUGAAUAACCAUUAAAUGAGUACGUGACAGGUUUUAAGCAAGAAUGCCCGUUUGUCCUCCAUCAUAUUCCCUCUUCCCUUCCCAGCUCAUCAUUCCUUUGACCAUUCUUCCUGGCAGAUCUCUGGCCACUGAAAGGAAGAUAACCAUUUGCACUGGACUUGUCUAUGCUGUUUCUAAAAGUUGGCGAGUUCUUUGAGGGUAAUUGUUAUGCAGACAGAUAGUUAUCCUGGAGUUUUAUUUUCAUCAGCAGAACCUUCCUUCCCUUGGCAUCGGCUUUUAUUAUAUUAGUUAUGGUAGGAAAAAAAGCAGUUGCUAAUUGUACAUAUCUAGGUACUUCAGGGGCACUUCACUGAAAGUUUUGUCUCAGAUAUCCUUGAAAGGUUAUAUUUUUAUAAUUUUUUUUAAUUUUUAAAUCAAAAGUUACUUUGCAGUGGCUGGAUGUUUAAAAUUGUUUUGUGGUGUUUUAUGUAAAUAUGGAGAUGUAGCAAUAAUGUCUUUUGGAUAUUCCCAAAUCCUUAAGUCCUUGAAAAUAUUUUUAUAUAUAUAUAAAUAAAUACAAUAUGUAUAAAUAUGUAAGUGGUGCAAGUUUAAAGGAUAUUGUUCCGUGUUUUGUUUCUGUUUUUUGUUCUUUUGUUUUGGUUAUGUUGCCCAUCUGUUGACAGUUUUGAAGAAUUCUAAUAAAAAUAUGUAAAUAUAGAAAGCAGUAAACUGUGCUUUUUUGUUGUUGUUGUUGUUACCUGUGUAUAUUCAACACAAUCAAAGAAUUAGGAGGCCAAAAAAGGGUUAGAAAAUUUGCUGUUGCCUACACACACUACAAUUAUGUCAUUGAAAAGCAUAAAAUCUCAGAGUUGGCAGGAACUUCGGAGGUCAUCUUGUCUGAACUAGACUAUAACAUGAACUCCCUUUAUAUUAUACCCAAGAAAAUGAUCAGCCAGAAUUGCUAGAAGAAUUAUAGUGAGGUGGGAAACUACUGCCACUUUACUGUGUAACCUGUUCCGUUUUGGGACAAUGAAGAAGUUUCCCUCACAUUUAGCUAAAGUCUGUCACUCUGCCAGUUUUACCCAUUGUCCCUGCUCCUACCUCAUGGGGCUAAGCAGAAUCCUCUACCUGGAAACCUUUCAAAUAAUGGAAGGCAAAUGAUCCAUUCCCUUCUAAAUGUGUUCCAGGCUAGGCAUCCAUCCCCUUUUCCUUCAAGUGAUUCUCUCUUGGAAUGAUGGAAGCAACAUUUCUCAAAGUGUAGUAGUCUUUGGGACCUUGGGUGGGAAAGGUAUCGAAACUCUUUUCCUAAUAAUACUAAGGUGUCGUGUCUAUCUCUCUUUUCUAAGUAUCUAUAUCUGUGGGGACAGGUUUUCUUCAAAUAUCUCAACCAAAACAAUAGAUCACAACAGAUUGAAUGCAGAGAGCAGAAUCCAGCUGUCUUUUAUUAAGCUAGAUGUUAGAAAGUUUUCCAAAAAUACCUCAAACAGUGCCACUUGUCUCACUGUUUUUGCUUUGUUAAUAAAACAUGGUUAUUCAUAAAACUAUAUUGUUAACAUGU